AUGGUGUCCUGCUCCGACGAUGCCCGUAACAUGACGGAAGAAAGCUCGGCAAGGGUUCAUCGGGGUCGCAGGGCAGUGAUCCGAGGACUUGUUCGCACAAAUCUACAAUCACAGCUUCAAGGAAAUCCCCCUACAUCUUCUGGUGAAACUAACUUAAAAAUCUCUUCCACUCGCCUCUUUAAUGAAAUUAAAGAACGCCUCUCCUCAAUG